CUGUACUGCAUGCCCGCUGCUACUCUCAUGGGUCACAAGAAUCAGAUGAAGAAUUUGAUGCUCGCUGGGUGACAUAUUUCAACAAGCCAGAUAUUGAUGCCUGGGAGCUCAGGAAAGGCAUAAACACGCUUGUGGGUUAUGACCUGGUUCCGGAACCAAAAAUCAUCGAUGCAGCUCUGAGGGCAUGCAGACGGUUAAAUGACUUUGCAAGUGCUGUCCGCAUCUUAGAAGUUGUAAAGGACAAGGCAGGACCUCACAAGGAAAUCUAUCCUUACGUUAUCCAGGAACUUAGACCAACUUUGAGUGAACUGGGAAUCUCCACUCCAGAGGAACUGGGCCUGGACAAAGCAUAAAUCUUAUUGGUGCAUUACCUGAGCAUUUUACUGAUGCUACCUGAUUGUACACAGUCGCCUGGAGACACAAAUGUUAAAAUAUUAUGUUAUUUGAAAUAACUUCUUCCUUUAUUGAGUCACAAUGUAUGUGAUGCAAAGUUGGACCUAAUAAAGGAAAAACUGGUUUGACUGAUGUGG